UUGGGUCGGAGAACUUGUUCUGGUGGGAAGAAAAUGAAAUGUAAUCUUCAGUACAGGAUCUUUCGUUCUCACCUUCAGAGAUCUUAGUCCAGAACAUUGUCAAGAAAACUAUUGCACUGGGUCUCGGAAACUUUUACGGACUCCAAGAGCUGAAAUAUGAUUAUAAAGCACCCAGUCCUACUGGGUUUCUUUUGGUCAUUCUUGAUCCAAUCUUUGAGUGGCCAACCUCAGAUAAGCAGUCAAGAAACCAACAAAGUGUAUGCCUACUCGUACCACUUCUUACACAAUGGUACAACCAAUUCCAAAGACAUUUUAAGAACUGUCCUUGGCGUAGACCCAGAUUUUCAAAAUGAUCCACCGGCUGGGCAGAGUAUUGUGAAGACAUUUUCCAGUCCAAACAUACGCGGAUUUUUUACUAAAGGUGUUCUGCCAGCCGGUCCCAUAUCCCAGAGUUACAACAGUGGAUUUGGAUCACGUCGAAAUACCAACUCGGCCAUUGAGAACAUCAGAAAAGUAGUAGAGGCAAACCUUCAACCUCCAACCAACAUUGCCACAGGACUGUUGCCUCCCAUCUCUCCUGAUAUCGCAAGUGAAUUUCCUGGUGAUUUUAAUAAUGUAAAUGAUAUUGGUUUGAACUUUCAAAAACAGGAUGAUUUCCCAAAAAUUCCACCACCACCACCACCUCUCCCUCCUUUCCAGAAUCAGGACAAUUUCCCGAAAUCUCCCCAAAUCCAACCAAUAAUCCAAAAUGACUUUCCUAAGAUUCCAGACCCUGUUAUUAAUAACAAUGGAGUUUCUAACGUUGAGACUUUCUCGAGAAAUACUCCAGAUGGCGGAAAAAUAGAAGGAAAAGUCGAAACAUUUUCAUACAAUCCUCCACCUGUAAUUAACACUAAUUCUAAUCACCAAGAAAAUGCACAAGGCUUCCGUCGUCAUGAAAAUGUUGUCAACAAUAAUAAUCAAGUUACAGGACAUCGUACUCAGUCGUACUUUAGACAGUCUUACAGAACCGUUACUCCCAAUUUGGAUUCCAAUAUCGCGCCUCAAAAUAACAGAAUCGAUAACAAUAUAGGAAAUGGAAAUACUAACAAUCAGUGGUGGAAUGCUCUGAACGUUCUGGGCGGGAACAACAACAACAACAAUAAUCUUAAUAAGCCUAAUAACAGACUGGGGCAGGAGAUUGCCAAUAACAUUAAUCAGAUUAAACAGAAUCUUAACAAUGAAAUGAAUAGGCAGUUUGGAAAUAGACUUUCUAACAUCAAUAAUAACAGACAGAUAAAUGCUAUACAGAAUAAUAACAGAGGCUAUAAUAAUCAAAAUAAUAAUUUAAAUCUAAGAAAUCAACAAUAUUCAAACAUUGCUUUUAACCAAAGAAUCGAUUCUUUCAGAAAUCCUCUUAAUACCAAUAAUAUUUAUCCUAAUAAUAAUGCCAACAAUAAUCAAAACAAUGUGAAUAACCAAUAUAACAACAAUCAAGUACCUAAUGCACCAUUUAACAAUCAGAGGAGAAACAAUGUCAUUUCUAACAACCAAGCAGGCAAUGUGAGACUCGGCAAUUCAAACAAUCUAAACAAUAAUUUUCAAAAUGAUGAUACGGCUAAGAGAGUUCUUAACAUAAUUAAUGAUGUUAAUGCACAAUUAAACAAUCUGAAUAAUAAUGCGGGUGCACCAAACAACAAUUUUAGAUUGACAUGGGACGAUGACGUAACACCAAAUUUCAACAGUGACUGGAGCAGACGUCAAUCUGUAGGCAAUAGUAGGCCCUUUUCAAAUGCACAUUCUGGUCCCUUAAGUAAUCAAGCUGGUCCAAAACAUAAUGAAAUUCUUAAAUCUACGGUCGGCCUGCUAGGCAACAGAGAUUAUCCUCCAAUUCCUGGGAUAGGAGAUCAGGGAGGCAAUUACAGGAACUCUGGAGGUGGUGGUGUUGAGAAGUUUUUUGGCUUCGACAGGACUGCCGAAGGUCCAAAUUCUUUCAGCAGAAAUCAGCAAAGGGGAUACGAGAGAAAUUUCCACGUGAAUUCCAACAGUGGAUAUCAGCAUAACAACCAAUGGUCUACCAACACUGUGCGACGGCUCGAUGCGCAGAGUUCAAAAGCAGAUUUCAGCAAAGAUUUUAUCGAUGUAUUCAGAGAUGACUUCUGAUUCACCUUCAUCAUUUGUGCUCAGUGCAAUAGGCGAACAUUGAGUUUAAAGUGAUAUUAUACAUAAAAUAGUUUGUGUAAGAAGCCAUUAUAGAAUCGUUUGACGAUUGCCAUCCGUCGUCAAGCCAAUAUUCCAUUGGCCAUGCUUAUUUGUGUUUAAAAAUUUCAUAAUUUUAAUAAUUCAUUUUAUUAUAGAGUGGUAUUGCCAUAAUAUCAAAAAAGUUUUGGAAAUGUUUGUUCCGAUGUUUAGUGGCAUCACUGAAAUAAAUUGUGCCAAGAUAUGUUCUUAAGAUAUAAUUUUGUUUCAUGUAUUCUACUGAAAUUUGAAUUUUAUUUUACGCUUAUUUUUAAUUAUUCAGUUUAUUUAUAUUAAAAUUUUAUAUCAAAGCAGCCAUUUAGAAACUAUGAUAUCAUUAAAUAGAAACAUGUGCAUGUAUACAUGAUAAGAUAUCAUCUUUCUUUCUUUCUACCUUUUUCAAUCUUAAUACAUCGUUAAUAAUUGAAGAUGUUUGAAAUAAAACAAAAGCCUUAAUUUAGUUUAAAAUCCUUUACUGAAAAGAUUAUUUUUGUUUGUAAUCUAGUAAAUUUUUUUGAAGAGCACACCUAUUCUUUUUGCUAAAACUUUUAUGUUAAAUUUUUUUCUAUUUACAGAAACCUGUAGAGCUAUCCUUAAUCUUUAAUUUCCGAAAUUUUAGAAUAUGAUUCUUUAUUUCAUAAAGUGAUUCAUUUCAAUUUGAACCAGCAAAUAUUUUUCAAAAACAGAUUUUCCUGAAAAAUCCAAAAUCGACUAAACGUUUGUUUCAUGAAUGCAUGAUUUAUUUAUAAAUAGCUCUUCUUUAAACAAGAUUGCUUAUUAAAAUUCAUGUUUGCUACUUAAACUGUCAUCACAUCACCGAACACCAUGACUAAUAGUUCCUUUCGGCAGGAUAAGCCACGUACUUCAGCCUACGAGAUUCUGAAUUUCAGGCCGUCAAAGCUGACCUCUUGGGUGAGUCUUCAGCUAAAUGGUGAAGGUUGAUCUCUUUUAAUAAGCAAAUAAGGUGUAGGUGUUGGGUUUUUCUUGUCAUUUGUCGACGUCCUUCAUAUCUCCAUGAUUCACUUGUAUUGGUUUUUGUAAAUCGGCUGAUAUUCAUUUCUGUAUAUUUAUACGAAUGUCUUCCUUUGUGCGAAUAUAUAAUGUUGAAUAAAUACUCUAUUUUUUACUUUGUC